AUGGAUCAAAUUGCUACUCUCUUCCCUCCUAUUCUCCUGGCAGUCACGCUCAUAUGCGUGCAAGAAGCAUGGAGAAUGCGCGACUCAAUCCAGGGAUACAAGCAGGUGGCAUUACGGGGAACGUCUAACAUGACUGACGAAUACGACGACAAAAGCUCCACUUCUCAGGAUGGUUCUGUACAGCCCAAGUGGAAGGUCAAGGCCUUAUUCAUUCAUCCUAUCAAGUCUUGCGCUGGAGUUGAAUUGGACACCGCCGAUAUUGACGGCGCCGGCUUCACCUGGGACCGAAAAUUUGCUUUCGCAGAGUUAACCAAGCCGCAAACUCGUCCAGAUGCUUCUGAGACCGGGAAGACGCCAAAAUGGACUUUUAGGACACAGCGCACGCCAGGAUUUGAGAGGCUUGCUCUUGUCAGGCCAGAAAUUUGGCUUCCGGACGAUUCAAAAAAGGCUACCGCCAAGGACCAGGGACGUAUGGUUGUGAGAUAUCCUCAUAUUCCCUCGGGUCCCCUCGCUGCUCUCCUCCGACUUCUGAUUUGGCUUGGAUUCAUGUCUCAAGAGAGGUCGUUCCGAGUACCACUGGUUCCUCCAAAAGACCAUAAAUAUCCCAUGGAGCAAGUCAUUAUCUGGAAGGACAGUCCUACUUGGCUUAACUAUGGUAUCCACGUGCCGGAUGAUUUCCGCAUUUACCUAGGGGCCACCAACCCCCUCACCCUCUUCAGAGUUGAUCCCAACUCUUAUCGAGAGGUGUACAGAUGUGCACCUCGAAAGGAAGAACUGGGAUACCAGUCAGUGGUAGGAUUUGCGGAUGCUUAUCCGGUGCAUCUGUUGAAUAUUGCAUCGGUCCGCGAUGUGGCCGGCAGAGUUAAAAGGGACAUUCCUCGUUUCUCAGCCAGACGAUUCCGAUCCAAUAUCCUGAUUACUGGGCCUGGAGCAUACAACGAAGACGACUGGAAAAGGAUCAAGAUCGGCAAUCACUACUUUUUCUGUGCGUGUCAUACUGUCCGAUGCAGGCUACCUAAUGUCGAUCCUGAUACUGCCGAAAGACAUCCAGCUGAGCCAGACAAAACUCUGAAGUCGUUCAGAUGCAUAGACCGUGGUGAUCCACUGAAUGCAUGCCUGGGACUUCAGUUGGUGCCGGCAGAAUCCAGCACGUUCCAAAUUCAAGUGGGAGACGAGAUCCAAGUCUUGGAAAGAGGCGAACACCAUUACAUCAAACAGUGA